AUGGAGAGCAACGGCAACGGGUACGAUUCCUUCGACGAGGAUAUUUUUAUCCAAGACGAUCCACAGCAACAGGUGUCUUUUUUUUCAAAUUUUUUUUUCAGAUGUGACUUCUAAAGUUUUAUGUGUAAAAAAUAUUUUAUUUCAAAAAAAAUUUCAAAAAGCAAGAGAGUUCUUUUUUUCUCAGGAUCUUUCGAGGAUCACCAAAGGAACUUCCCGAUUUUCUUAUGUUUUUUUUCACCUUGUUUUCCAAGUUCAUUCAUUUGAUUCUCUUUUGAACGUCAAUAUUUUAAAGAUGGAGCACAACGGCGUUGAUAACGAUGAUGACUGUCGUGGAACGGCGGCUGAAGUGAAAGGACAACCGGUUAAAGGUUUCGCGAAACAGGUAUUUUCACUAAAUUUUGCUUGUUCAAUGUAUAUCUUCUUUGAAUUCUUUAACGUGUUUUUUUUGUGAUAUUCUGUGGAGGUACAUUCCAUAAAUUGCUUUCUUUUUCAUCUCUUUCUCUCGAAAGAAAUAUUCUUCUAAAAUCUUUAAAAUGCAGUGCAUCGUAUUUCUCAAGCUUGAGCCUGAUCACAAUUCGAUUUUUGCUUUGAAAAAAUGUAGAGAUUUGAAAUAAAAAAGACAGAGACUAUGCUUUCUAUAACAAAUUGUGGUUUGUUCGAGCAUCUAUUGAGUGAUAUAUUUCAAAAUAAGUUUGAUUCAGUGGAAAAUAUUUUCGAUCGGACUCUCACCUGCAGUGGAAAAUAUUUUCACAAGCCCAAGCAAAAAAACAAGUUUUGAUUCAGUGGGAAAUUUUUUUUUUACAGCCCCUUCAAUUGCGUUGUGGAAGAUAUUUCACACUGGAGAAUAUUUUCCACUGGAUCCGAGUUUUUUCCGUGUAACCCUGAAGGUUAAGCCUAAGGACGAGUUCGUUUUAGUGGAAAAUGUUUUCCAUUGGACACCCUCCCAUGCAGUAAAAAUUAUAUUCCAUUUCCUAAAUCUCCUAAAUGCAGUGGAAAAUUUUUUCAUUUCAGGGGUUGGGUAGAGAAGAGAAAAAAAUCAUGCUCUCGAAGUUUCUGUCGGAUAAUAAUAUCACGGUUCAAGAAGCGCUUGUCGCUCUACAGAAUCACUGCGCAUGCCGCGGUCAAGCACGCAGGACUCGUGAGUUCAUUUUUAAAACAAGCAUUAAUCGUUGUCCGUGACUUCUGAUCAUCCGCAAAUUAAGUUUCAUCCAAAAGUUAUGUAGAAAAUGUUAACCAUUUGUAUCAAGGAAAAUAUUUUCCACUAAGCUUUCAAGUUCAGGGCCCACCGAUGUUCCGGGCUUCAUUCUAAGCCCUUUCGAUGUCGAUGAUAGGACCUUCCCAAAGAAUGCAAUCACUUAUCAUCACAGCGCCAGAAAAUGGCGCAUUGUUUCCGUGGUGAAUGUUAAUGCAAGCUAUCACCCUGCUUACAAGACGAUCAAUGUUUGACUGCGUUAAUUACUUUUUUGAAAAUUUCUUUUCAGCUGGAGAGUCCUGAACAGCCAGAGCGAGCUUAUCUGACUGUGGCAAGAAAAGGGUCGUCAUCCGGGUUUGAUGGGCAAAAAGUAUAUCGCGGAACCUGUGCCGUCGAUAGCGACCAUAUUAUGACUAUCCGUAGGCAGUAAUCGGACGCAAUGAAAGCAAAAUUUCAAUAUUUUCGUUGUUUUUUAGGAAAAAAAUUUCUUCUUAUUUGUUUCUUUUCUCAGUUGGAUGAAAUUCUUUGUUGUUGUUGGAAAAACGUUUUUUGUGAUGUUUCAAAAUCUGUUUGGUUCAAACACACUCGGUUACUUAGUUACUUUGUUUUUUUUAAAGUUUAGGAGCUCUUCAGUUGGAAUGGAUAGUGCAGUAAGGAAGGAAGGCAACUGUGAGCAGUACGUGCGUACAGAGCCAGGAAAAGGUACGACGAAAUUUCGAAACUUGAUUUUUCAGAAAAAGAAAAGCGAACAACAGGACAGUAAAAACGAAGACUCCAUGCAACGAAAUUUGAUUGGAUGAGUCGUAAAACGAGGAUGAAUGGGUUUUUGGAUAAAAACUAAAAUUAAAUCAAUUUUUUUCAAUUUGAGAAAGCCAAACGAUUACGUUCACUCGCUCAAAAUGCUCAAAAAAGACGGAUAGAAAAUGGACAAUCGGGAAGAAUCGCGAAGAUCGUUGAAUUUCUUGAAGAAAAUUGGAUUCUUCUCUGUCAGAUUGUUAAGACUGAUGAAACUGAUUUGGAUGCGUUAAAAAGCCAACUGGAAGAAACGCGCCGAAUAGCAACUUCGCGAGUUAUGCUGUAUUUGCAGCAGAAUAGAGCAAAGGCAAUCCAAAUCAUGGAGAGUUGUAAACAACUCAAUGAGUUGAUUUCAAUAUCGUCAAAGGAUCAAUGGAGUGAUCGAGUCGAUUUGCCACUUGCUGCACGUAUUUUGCACAAGUACCAAGCAGUGGCCGCUCAUGAAUCUCUUCUCACAGUUGUUCAUUCGAUUGAACUCAGCGUCAGGAGCAAGACUAUUCAAAAGUUGUUGAUUCGAAUGUUUCAAUCAGAAUUGAAACAACUUCAAAGCGAGCUGAAGAAACCUGUGCUUUGCCACGAGAAGCACAAUGAGGAUGCAAAGGCUUUGCGAAUCCUCGGGCGUCUCCAAUAUCAUGUACGUUCUCGCAAGGACAUGAUGAACUCCAGUUGGAAACCGAUGGCGGAGCUUCUUCCAGAGAUCCACAGCCUCUUCGUGAACAAAGUUAGUUGGAAAUAAGAUAAGAAUGUUUAUGUUUUUUUUAUCUAUAUCAGCUCAUCAGUAAGUUCAUUGUUUGCAGGGAGAAAGACAAGGAGUGGACAACGAAAUCGAAGAAGGCAACGAACGACCAGCAGGAGACGCAACAUUGGAGCUAAACGCCAAUUUCAAUGAGGCAUGUUUUUGUAGGAAAGUUUUCGUUGUGGCUCUUUGCAUGGAAAAUAUUUUCAACUCGCUAGUGGAAAAUAUUUUCCAUUUUGUUAGCUUUUUUUGACGUGGAAAAUAUUUCCAGUUGUUAGUCAUCAAACAAAUUUCAUUUUUUAGGCCGAAGUUGUUGAUGAACAGUGCGAACAUCAACGUGGAAGCGGUCUCGAGAACGGGGAUGUUGAAGAAUACGUGGCGGUCACUAGACUGAUUGAUGAGGCAGCUCCAAUUUCAAAAGUCGUGGAAGAAGAAGUUCGUCAAGCGCAUGACGAAAUCACGCCGGAUGUCGCCGGUCCUAUUGGAAUGCCAGCUUUGAGCAGAACUACCAUGAUUAGGCUUUGCGAUAAUUCGUGCCCUGUGCCUGGCCCCGGCGAAUCCUCAUUCAUUUACUCACUGCUGAUACGAUUCGUGGAUGAUGUUGGUCUGAAUUCCAACGCACCGACCAAUUCGUCUCUGGAAGUCAUUUUUGAAAAGAAACACAAAGAACUUUGUGAACUGACGGCAUACGAGUGGAUCAACGUGCAUCAGAGGUGUUACGCGGGAUUGAGAACGAUCAGAAAACGGCUCGCGAUGCAAGAACGUUUUUAUAAAAUUCUGGUCGCUUUGAAUGAAGCAAUAGAAACGGUUGAUAUUCCCGUUUUGAAGGAUAUCAUCUUGCUGAAAAAAGUUCCGAAGUGCUUGGUCGUUGAGGUAGGAUGUUGGCUCAUUUUUUCUCAAUUUCUGAAAUUCUACAGGCCACAAAAGAACUUCCUGCAAAUGAACAGGCUCACCAUACGGAGGGUGAAACGAUUCGAGCUUACGAGACGCUUUUCGAGGAUUUCGAAAAGGCCAUGAGAGACCUCGAGGUAUGUGGCAAUGAGAUUCGAAGUAAAAAAAACUUUCGAUUUUAGAGAGAAUUCUGUGAAGUUUGCGAUCAAAUGCGAAGAUCAUCUACUUUGAUUUUCAAAGAAACAGAAGGCUUGGAACGUUGGCUUACCGAAGAGCUCAUGGACAAGGAGGUACGAUUCUCAAAUGAGUAAAACGAGCAAAUUUUUUUUUGUUUAGGUAAUCAAAGUUUGUGUCACGUGUCGCCGACAAUUCCAACAGAAGAGCAUCCCCAAAUGUGCAACCUACAACGAGUUGGAAACGGUCAUCGUCCCGGAGUGCUUAGUCAACCUGAAUUGGAUUGAAAAGUCACUGAUCCAGCUGGUUCGCCCCGUUCAACAGCUUGUUCGCUUGAGGGAUACUGGGAACAGAAUCACGAGAAUCCCGGUAACUCGAAAUGACCAGCGAUUUUGUUGAAUCCCUCUUUCAUUCAGGGAACAAAGGGUGUUUUGGUGCUUUUACCUGUUCCCGUUGAAGCAACUAUUGAUCAUUUGGUGGCAACCCUUCCUAGUACUGAGAACAUGAAAAUCCUGGUGGAUGGAGAGUUUGAUCGGCGUAUCGUUAACUUGGAAGCCGUUCUCUUGGCACUACGUUGGUUAAAGGUCUCUUCAAAUUUGUAUCAUUUUUUUUGCUGGAAAAUGUUUUCAAAUGGUGAAUUCCUAUGGUAAAAUAUUUUGCCACCGGUUUCAACUCAAAAUUUAUUUUUUUUAAUGAGAAGUUUUUGAGGUUGGUUUGCCAGUGGAGAAAAUUUCACAGUGGAAUAUAUUUUCCAGUGGGGAAUAUUUUCCACUGGAUGCUCGUUUUCGGGAGUCCAGUGGAGAAUAUUUCCCACUGGAUGCUCGUUUUCGGAAGUCCAGUGGAGAAUAUUUCCCACUGGAAGAUAUUUCCCACUGGAGAAUAUUUUUCACUGGAAGAUAUUUCCCACUGGAGAAUGUUUCCCACAGGAUCCAAGUUGGAUAAAAUUUGAUUUUUUCUCAGCAUAUUUUCCUCAAAGAAGAAUACUAUUUAUUGAAAGAAAAUUACUAUUGAUUAAUUGGUUUGCAGGAAAACCACGACGAUUAUCGGGACAUCGAAAUCAACGAACACUUCGUGUUCAACAGCGACAGUGUGACGUUCACCGCCCCAACUGUUCAAGAACGCUACGAGCAGCUCUUAGCUGAACAAGACGCCGAAGAUCCAGGACAUCUCCUCACCCAACAGGACGUUCAGUUUGAGACAAUUCAAGAUGUUCGUCCUCCGAACGUCGACGGCACUAGCCUUGAACAAUAUCUGCUUCAAAAGAAUAAGUACCUGCCGAUGAAGAUUGAUGAGCUUGCCGGACAAGAAGCAAAAGCUUUCCCGCAUUUACUUGUGAAUGGUCGAUUUGGUUUCAACGCAAAACGGAAGAAGAAAUUGUCGCUAAGCAAUUACGUCAGAAGUCGUUUGCUUCAACGCGAUCGACGUUUUGCUAGAGAUCCAGCAUGGAUUGCAUAUCAGCAUGGGGUUCGAGUCCAGCUUGACAUUGCCGGAUCUUUGGGUAUCCAAGCUCGUUUGAAAAAAAACGUUUCCGCUGCCGAAGUUCGUCAGCUAUUGGACAAUCAGGAUCCCAAGUUCGCGACGCUUUUAACCAGUACUUUUGGGAAGGUACAUCUAUAGUCUCAAGUAGAAAUUAUUCUGUUUUAUUUUUUAGGUCAAAGGAUUCGCGCCAUAUUGGGAUACCGUACGAAACGACCUGCGCGCUACAAUCGCAGUUUUUGGGCCUCCACAGUUCUUCUUGACGCUCAAUCCGAAUGAGUGUUGGCCAGAAGUUGAGAAAGUAUAUAGCUACCUCUGUGGGGUGAACACCUUGGAAGGACUAAGGUUAUCAAAUUUCAUCAUUCGUUUACCUUUCCAUCGUUUGCAGGGCUGAACUGGCCGCAGACCCUGUUCCUUGGACACGGGUAUUUCAGCAACGCGUUCGUGCCUUGUUCGAUUUAUUGAAAAAUCCGAAAGGACCGCUUGGUGGUGGUGUUAUCCACUGGUUCACGAGGCUCGAGUAUCAACAUCGGGGAGCUGAGCAUCUUCAUUGUGUCCUGUGGACCAAAGAGCGGUAUGCUGUUAUAUUUUUUUUGGCUUAAAGGCUUUAUGGUUAAUAGUUUUAUUGAAAAUAUUCUCGAAAUUUGAACGGGAAAAAUAUUUAGCUUAGCUUUUUAUGGUAAAUAUUUUCCACUGAAGUUUUGAGUAUUUACUGAGAAAUUUUAGUAGCGAUGAUUCCAGUCUAGUUUGUUUCUAUGGAAAAUAUUUCACAUUAUAAUCAAACAUUUCACUCAAAGAUUUUUGUUUCAGUUUGGCCGAAAACGCUACAGAAGAUGAAUUGAUUUCUUUCAUCGAUAAAAACGUCACUGCGAGGAUGCCAGAUGCGUUAAAAGAGCCUCAAUUGUACAAGCUAGUCAUGGAUCAUCAGCAGCAUUGGCAAAAACACAGUGCCACUUGCCUUCGAGUCGUUAAACAUCGGAGCCAAUUGUACAAAGUGUGCCGGUUCGAGUUCCCAAGGCCUGUGCUAACCGCCACAGUUAUCAAUGCGGUCCCAACUACCUUAAUGGGUGUGCCUGGUGGCAAACGUAAGCCAUACUACCUGGCUAGGAACGAAAACGCCAAAAUGACCAACGACUACGCACCAGCAGUUCUCAUGACUUGGGGAGCUAACGUCGACGUACAAGUUGUGUUUUCUGUUCCGGAGGUUGUCCAGUACAUCACAGGAUACACAACUAAAGCCGAAACAAGCAAAGAAGAUGGUUGUUUCUCUCAAAAUAUAUUUAUAAUGGAAUUUUAUCAGUUUCCCUCUACAAGUCUUUGCACUCUCAAUCGAUUCCUCAGCGAGAUUUGAUGGGGAUCAUUCUCGAAUUGGUGAAAAAGCGUCAAAUCGGAACACCUGAGAUGAUCGACUCUUUGCUCGGUCAUCCUUUCCACAAAUUCGAUACGGGGCACGUUUUCAUCAACACAAAUGCGUGUGAACAACGGGACAGGUUGCUUCAGAGCAAAAAAAAGUGAGUUGUAGCUGUUCAGUCAGGUUAUUCAUUUUGAAAUAGCCUUGAGAAAAACGAUCGCAUCUUCGUGGCCAAUUUCAACGACGACUAUUAUCCGGCAAGGCCAGCACGUCUUGAAAACCACUCUUUGAUGAAUGUGGCGCUCAAUUUCGAUUGUGUUGAUGUCAAACGAGUGAAACGUGAAACAUUUGCUGAAGAUGACGGAGACGCGGACGGGGACGGAGACGACGACAACACCGAAGAAGUUAUCAACACAUACAGUGGACUAUUCACUACGAAUGAUCCGGAAAGUCCAUUUUAUGAUCACUCAUACUUGAAGAAUGGUCAAGCGCUUCCAUUGACGUCCGUCACUAAUCGCUGUUUUCGAAAAAGAAAAGCACUUGUCCCCCGACUUUUCUGGCCACAUCUUGAAGCAAAUAAUGAAGCCAGCCGUGAAGAUUACUACCGACGCCUUUGUGUCGCAUUUAUUCCUUGGCGCAGAGAAGAAGACCUGAAGGCAAAUGAGGCGACGUACGAAGAACGCUGGAAAACGUGGCUGGCAGAUCUCAGUGUACGCAGCACCGCAGCUUCCGAAGACGUCAAGAAGUUCAUCGGCCGACAAGAACAUUUACUGGAAAUGGACAGAAAGCUGUUUGAAGAGCGCCGUGAAAGAAGACAAGCAUUGGCUGAAAUUGCGGUCGACCUUGAACCUGUUGAUCAGGUCGACUAUUCGCCACGUAUUGUGGACGAAGAGAAGGUUAGUAGUAAUUUUUUUUUUCAUUUGGAGAAUAUUUUCCAUUGCUAAGAAUGUUUUCAAUAGGAAAUAUUUUCCACAGGUUCGAUCAAUUUGUGUAAUUUUGAUCAAUUUGCAGUUGAGCGACGCGAAAACUAAACUCAACGAAAAACAGGCGUCUGUCGUAAAACGUGUUCUUGACCACGUGGCGACAAACAACGAUACUUUGACUCUAUUUGUAUCCGGGACGGCAGGAACGGGAAAGUCUUUUGUGAUCAACGUGCUCGCUGAUGAGCUGACGGUGCGAUACACUGAUCCUUCAUCAAGAGGAUAUCAACCAGCAGUACUACUUGUGGCACCGACUGGUCUGGCAGCCAUUCAAAUUCGCGGAGCAACUUUCCAUUCGUGUUUUGGUAUUGAAGUGCAAAGUGGAACUCAGAAUGGUUUAAAGGUUUGUUGAACGUUUCGUUUGAUUUCAAACGUACUCAGAAACAAAAUUGGGUUGAAACGAAAAUUACCUUGAAAGUUAAAUGAUGCUCUGCGGAUCCACCCUUUUGAAGAUGAAAGCUAUCUUUCAAGGCCUUCACUGAAAAUACUCCAUUGGAGGUUCUGUGGGAAAUGUUUUCCAUUGAAGUUUUAAUGGUGUCACUUCAUUGAAAGGUUUUGGGAAUGUUUAUUAAAGUUUUAAUGGAAAAUAAUUUCCAUUGAGUUUUAAGGAAAAAACUUCAUUGAAAGUUUUAAUGAAAAUAAUUUCAUUGAAAGGUUUUUGUGGGAAAUGUUUAUUGAAGUUUUAUGGAAAAUACCUACUGAAAGGUUUUUAGGGGAAAUGUUUUCCAUUGAAGUUUUAAUGGAAAAUAAUUUCAUUGAAAGCUGUGGGAAAUAUUUUCCAUUGCAAGUUUUAAUGGAAAAUAAUUUCCAUUCAAAUGUUUUUGUGGGAAAUGUUUUCCAUUGGAAGUUUUAAUGGAAAAUAAUUUCCAUUGAAAUGUUUUCGUGGGAAAUAUUUUCCAUUGCAAGUUUUAAUGGAAAAUAAUUUCCAUUGAAAGGUUUUUGUGGGAAAUGUUUUCCAUUGGAAGUUUUAAUGGAAAAUAAUUUCCAUUGAAAUGUUUUUGUGGGAAAUAUUUUCCAUUGCAAGUUUUAAUGGAAAAUAAUUUCCAUUCAAAUGUUUUUGUGGGAAAUAAUUUCCAUUGGAAGGUUUAAUGGAAAAUAAUUUCCAUUGAAAGGUUUCAUGUAAAAUACUGUUCGUCUGAUUUUUUUUUCAACAAUGUAUGUUCAGGUCCAUUUGCGUCUACAAGAGAUUCGUGGAUCCUCAAAAAUGUUUGGAGGGAUCAACGUCGUCGGUUUUGGUGAUCUUCUACAAUUGGCACCUGUGCGAAGCUCGAGAGUGUUUGAAGUGAUGCAGGAACGCUGCGUCCGACGACUGCUGGGAUCAAUGGCACCGUUUUUUUCGCUUUGGUGCGCAUUCGAAUACGAAGAGCUGCUAGAAAAUAUGCGCCAAAGAGACGACUUGGAGUACGCAGAGCUGAUGGGGCGAUUGCGAGUUGGCUGUUUAACACCUCUCGACGAGGAAUUACUAGCAACGAGAGUUAUUCCGAAGCACGAUGAAGAUGACGUCAAUGAAACACGUAUGAAAUCCGCUGCAAUUUUUUACUCUCAUCUCAUCAAGACCGAUCCAAAAGCACUGGCACUGUUCCCCACAAAUGAAGAUGUCAAAGAAUUCAAUCGAUUCGUAGCUAAAGAACUUGAACUAGCCACGUUCGUUAUCGAAGCGGAAGACCAUAUCGAUACGUCGAAGUCGCGAAGAUUCGUUUCUCGAAGACGUCGAAACGAGUACAUGGAGAGGCCGUAUCAAAGGACAGAAUUUACAAUUGAAAAAAAGACCGAACAGUCGACAAAAAGAACUACGAACGGCGAGAAAAACGAGGAAGGGAGUUUGAGAGCAAAAUCGAAGAAAGCGGCUUUCGAACGCGGCGCAGGGCUCGAUCUUCAUCUCGAGUUGGCUUUGGGCUGUCGAGUCAUGUUACGACGGAACGUCAGCGUUGCUACAGGACUUGUUAAUGGUGCCACUGGGGUUCUUUUGGACGUGAAGAAAGCUGGCGACGGAACACCUUACGCUCUUACAGUCAAAAUGGAUCGUUGUGAAGAAACCGUCGACAUUUUCAAACAAUCGGCUGUUUUCGAUAUCGGAUCGGAGGAGCAGCUAACAAGAAGACAAUUUCCUUUGGUGAUGUCGUUUGCGGCGACAAUCCACAAGUCCCAGGGAUUGACGUUAUCGAAUACAGUUCUGGGGAUGCGGUCAACCUUCGCAGCUGGGCAAGUGUUCGUAGGAUGUUCGCGAGUUCAAAAUCUCAAUGGACUUCAUCUCGUUGAACUCGAUCCGAGAAAAAUGAUGGUGGAUAAGGUGAAAAAUAUUGUUUGGUAGUUUGACUUUUUUUUAUUCAGAUGAGUCUCAAUGAAUACAACCGGUUACGUGAAACGAUUGGCCUGCCAUCUUUCGUUUCAUCACCAAAGAAGCCGACGUCGGAGACUGCUGUUGUCCAAAUAAACAGACCGAAGCGAAGAUCUUCUGAUCAAAAUUCCUGUGGCAGUGUGAAAAUCGUCGUCCGCACUCCAAAAUCAAAUCAAAAAAAAGGAUCUUCGAAGAAAUGUGCAACUCCAACGUCAUCUUCAAAUGAUAGCGGCACACCUGAAAGUCCGAGUCUUCUGAAGCUGAAGAAUGUGGACAACACGCAGUGCUUUUUGAUUGCUGCCAUCAACGCCGUCAACACUAUGACGAAAGUUGCUGAAGAACUCAUCGGGACAGUUGAUGAAGUGAGGAUAACUAAGAAUUUUGACACUGAAAUCCAAAAAAAACUGAUAUGAAAGUUACGAAUUGAUAUAAUAUGGGAAACGUUUCCUACUAGUGAAGGCUACAAGCUAUACUGAAAAAUAUUAACAACAGAAGAAAAGGAUUAAAAUGAGAAUGUUUACCAUUAAGAAGCCUAGUUGAAAAUGUUUUCCAUGAAAAGACUCUGUGGGAAUAUUAUCCAUGAAAGACUCUUGUAAAUAUUAUCUAAAAAAUAUUACAAAUUUAAAAAAUUUGUUUGAGUUUUGAAUACUUUUUUAGGAAUUGAACGAAGUUGCCAAAGAGCUGAAAGAUAUACUUCGGGGUGAUCAAAAUGAUGUACGAGCUUUGCGGAACAAGUUGGGUGGCGACUUGGCACAAGCAGGACAGCAGGAUGCACAAGACGCUCUGAGCGCUCUUUUGGAAGCUCUGCCAACAACUAUUCGACAGCUUUUCACGAUGAAUCAGCGUGAUGUUCGUUGGUGUGGCUGCGAAGACGGUCGUCAAAUUCUGGAUGUUCAUCCAAUUGUAUGUUGAAGCUUAGUUCUUUAUAAUGGCUGAAUUUUUAGAUUUUGCGACCUUUCGUUACUCGAGACAUUUCGUUUGAAGAUAUGUUGAGGAUAUUGACGGAAACGGAACAUUUCGGCGAAUGUAACGAAUGUGGAAUGCAAGUGUGCAUGAGUCAUGCGUUUGACUUGAGCAACGUCGCUUUUCUCAUCGUUCAACCUGAUAGGGCGGUGGGCCAAGCUCAGCCCAAUAUCAAUGGGCUUUCCUCGAAGAAACAGUUCAUGUUCGGUUUCGAAUGGAGACUUGUUGGUUGUAUCGAAUACAGAGGAAGGUUGGUUUCCAUGAAAUAAAUUUUAAGGGUGAAAAAUUUUGUUUGAGAGCGGUCGAUGGUCAUUAUGUGACUUGGCGUCAAUGCGAAACUAUCUGGGCUGUUCAAGACGAUGAUCGAACAACGCCUGUAAAACAGAUCAACCGUGGCUUACAAC